AUGAGUGCAGGCUGCUUUUACUUCGUCGGAUGCACCGGCACGACCCUCGAAUCAGUCCGCCACGCCCUCCUCACCCUCCGCCACCUCCUCUCCCCCACCUACGCCGUCAUCCCGCUCCCGGAGCCCGCGCUGCUCAAGGAGCCCUGGCAGGCGACAUGCGCGCUGCUCGUGAUCCCGGGAGGCGGCGACCUGGGCUACUGCCGCGUGCUCAACGGCGCCGGCAACCGGCGCAUCGCCGACUUCGUCCGCAAGGGCGGGUCGUACCUCGGCUUCUGCGCGGGCGGGUACUACGCCUCGCGCAAGUGCGAGUUUGAGGUUGGCGACAAGACGCUCGAGGUCAUUGGCACGCGCGAGCUGGGCUUCUUCCCCGGGACGUGCCGCGGCGGCGCGUUCAAGGGGUUUGCGUACCAUAGUGAGAGCGGGGCGAGGGCUGUGAGGCUGAGUACGGCUGAGGGGGAGGUGGUGAGCUAUUACAACGGGGGCGGGGUGUUUGUUGAUGCGGAGGGGUGUUCGGGGGUUGAGGUGCUUGCGAGUUAUGCGGAUGAGAUUGACGUUGAUGGCGGGGAUGGGAAGGCUGCGGUGAUUUACUCCAAGGUUGGGAACGGGCAUGUCGUUCUCACCGGUCCUCAUCCCGAAUUCGCCGCCGCAAACCUGCACCCCCAGCCCAAGAUCCCCUCCUACGAAACCCUCAUCGCGACGCUCGCAGCAGCCGACGCAGCCCGCAUCUCCUUCCUCCGCACCUGUCUCGCCAAACUCGGCCUCGACCUCAGCGCCGACCCGUCCGCUCCCCCGGUGCUGUCCCGCCUGCACCUGACCUCGGCGAACCACACCGAGGUCGCCGAGACGCUGGCCUCCUGGGAGGAGGCGAUCACGCGCACCGGGGACGGGGAGGAGUACAUCCACGGCGAGCACGACGUCUUCCGCAUCGAGAAGCAGGCCACGCGAUUCAGCGUCGAGGAUCUGCGGGACGCGCUGCCGUCAGGGGCCAUGGACUACGACAAGGUGGUCAAGGUCAUCGUCCCGCACGAAGAGGCGUGGCCGGAUGUCAAGGAGACGCCGAGCUUCAACCACCGGCUGUAUUACAACAGCUUGAAGGGGUACCGUGAGAAGGAGAAGGAGGCAGAGGAGUGGGGCGAUACGUUGUUGUAUGGUGAGGUUGUGACGAGCACGAACACGCUCAUGGACAAAAACAACAAGCUCCUGUCUUGUCUCCCGACCGGCUUCACGCUGACGGCAGCAGUCUCCGUGGCGGCCCGCGGCCGUGGCACAAACGUCUGGAUCGCGCCGCCUGGAAGCUUGCUCUUCUCAACGGUCAUCAACCAUCCCGCACACCUGGCCGCCUCUCACCCGAUUGUGUUCCUGCAGUACAUCUCUGCGAUCGCCAUCGCCGAGGCCGUGCAAACCUACGAUGUGGGAUGCGGCGAUAUCCCAAUCAAGCUCAAGUGGCCCAACGACAUCUACUGCCGCGACCCCGCCUCCUCCCCCUCGGACCCCUCCUACGUCAAGAUCGGCGGCAUCCUCUCCACCUGCAGCUACUUCCAGGGCUCGUACCAGUGCGUCGUCGGCAUCGGCAUCAACACGACCAACACGCGCCCGACAACCUCGCUCAACGCCAUCGCGCCGGCCUCGCUACCCGGCGGCUUCCACAUCGAGACGCUGCUCGCGCGCAUCCUGCCGCGCUUCGAGGCCAUCUACGCGCAGUUCCGCCGCGAGGGCUUCUCGCGCGACCUCGAGGAGCGGUACUACAAGCACUGGCUGCACUCCGGGCAGACGGUGACGCUGGAGCAGGAGGCCGGCGCGCGGGCGCGGAUCGUGGGUAUCACGCGCGACUGGGGCCUUUUGAAGGCGGUCGAGGUUGAUAGGGAUGGGCGCGAGACGGGGCGGAUGUGGGCUUUGCAGAGCGAUGAGAAUAGUUUUGAUUUUUGGAAGGGGUUGGUGAAGAGGAAGUUGUAG